ACUAGACCAGCGAGUCCGUGAAAUACUGAACAGAUCCCGUUUAACAGGAAGUUCAGCCACGUUAAACCAGUGCAUCUGAAGUUCGCCCCUUGGCUUACCUUUCCAGCCUAAUUUCAUCGUAAGAAGAAGACGGCCCGAAAUCGACAAACAAUGUCCUGGAGACUUGUGUUACUGACAGUAGUGGGUCUCCAGCUUGGAAGUAUUAUUGUAUCAGCUACAGCGCAGUGUCUUGUACAUGCCCAGUGCAGCGACUGUACAAAUGACAGUCAGUGCCAGUGGAUGGAAUGUGCGGAUGCAUCUGGAACUUCUGUGACGUCUUGUGUGAACAGCACAGAGAUCCUUGCUUCUGAAUGCACACCAGUUAGUGCUUGCGCAGCUCCUGCAAACACAUCUACAACUACAGCAAAUCUUGUGACCACUCAUAUACCUAACACCACUGCGACGUCUGCAUAUUUCACUGUGACCACACUUUCCCCCACACCAACCGAAAGGAGACCCACCUUUGAUGCAGCCAGUUUCAUUGGUGGAAUUGUGCUGGUGAUAGUACUGCAAAUCCUGAUAUUCGUCAUCUACAAGUUCUUCAAGUUCAGAGAAAUAAAUUAUGGCACCCUCUGAGCAUUAACUGCCCCAGUAGUUGUCCUUUGUUCCAACAACCGCACCAAAUUUUGGAAUUUCAGCAUAAGCUGAUGCCUUCCGUCAGAUGUAUGGCCAUUUAAGGGUGAAUGCAAUACUUUAUCAUCACAUUAAAAUGAGUGAAUAGCAUACUAUGCUUGACUGCUUGAGUGCUUGCAUCCCAGUCUAUUUGCACUUGAAGGGCCAGAUCUGUGAUCAAGUAUCUGAGCUUCAGAUAGUAAGGAGAAUUGUGAGUGGCACUGGUGAGGUGGACAAUGACAAAGGAUCAUUGGAUCAUCCAUGCAAUGUAAUACCAAUGUCACCAAAGCAACAGGUGUUAUUUACAAUUCCAGUUUCAUUGUUGCCGGAGUAAAUUGAUUUAUCCCUUGCCAGAAAAAUGACUAUACCUCAAAGUGUUUAACAUAUUGUCAAUAUUGUCUCAUUUUCAAGAUCUUCAAGAUGUUCUACAUUAUACACACUAUUCAGAGAUGAGUGUUCCUAUUUCAUUUACUUGUGGGGGCUCAAGUUCAGUAUUGGCAAGUGCAAUGGGUUUGGUUAAUGAAAAAGGUGAACAAAGUACUAUUCUGUGAAGUGCAGGCUUGUUUCAUGCUGCUCAAAUGAAUGGACAAAUGGGCUAAAUGAUGGAAUUAAUCAAAGCUCCUACUUUGGAGUAAAAUUAUACACUUUAUUAUAUAUCCUCCUGAGACCUGGCAGAAAAAGCAAGGAUUCUAUUUCUUGUUGUGAAAACUUUAUUUUCUGUUAAUAAUAUUAUUUAUACAGGUUUUUAUUUGUUUUUUAUUAUGUGUUUAUUCAUUUUAUGCAUGUGGAUAUGCAUAUGGCAUUGUUUUUUUGCAAAUUAUGAAACUGUAUAUUUCUUAUUUAUAUACUCAUAUAGUAUAGAAUGUGCACUUUCAUAAAUUAUGAAGGUUCACUAUUGAUUUUAAUGUUAAACCAUAUUUUUCAUGGGGGUUUCCCCUUACAACAAUGAAAUUGUCCUGAGGUGUGACAAAUGUUACACAUAAAAGACAUAAAUCAUAGUUAUUUGAUCCUUUACUUGUUUAAACUUCAAUCUUAUUCAAAUGGGAACAGUUUAUGCAUAAUUUAUAGGAAAUGGGUUAAUGGGUAAUUAUGACAAAAUUUCACAGAAAUGUCUAAUUGGAUGAAAUUAUGAAGAGAUGACAUUUUAUAUACAAAAGGUCAUGGGUUCGAAUACCUGUUGGCCGGGGCCUCUCUGUGUGGAGUUUCCAUGUUCCCCCCAUGUUCGCGUGGGUUUCCUCCGGGUACUCCAGUUUCCUCCCACAGUCCAAAGACUUGCAGGUUAGGUUGAUUGGAGAGUCUAAAUUGCCCGUGGGUAUGAGUGUGUGAGUGAAUGAUGUGUGUGCCCUGUGAUGGACUGGUGACCUGUCCAGGGUGUAUUCCUGCCUUUCGCCCAAUGUAUGCUGGGAUAAGCUCCAGCCCCCCUGCGACCCUGUUCAGGAUAAGCGGGUUAAGAUAAUAGAUGGAUGGAUGUAGCUGAGAAAAUUAUCUUGGGUUAUUUUGUUUGUUGAUUGGUGAUGUAAUCAAUAGUUGAUAUGUUAGAGUUAGUAUCGAACACUUUUUGUUUGAAUAUUCUUCAAUUGUUGUUGGUUUGAAAGAACAAAUUAUGGUACAAAUCAAAUAAAUUCAUACAAUGUUGUUGAAACAUGUGCAAUGUUAUUAAAAGAUUUAAUCAAA